UUUGUUACAAGUAGAAAGGCGAAGAAGAAAACUUAUUCUACUCUGCAGUAAACAAAUCUUUCCAUUCUGAGACCGGAGGUAAAACAAGAUUACAACCUCCUGUAUAAUGAACUCUCUUUCGGAUUAAAGCUUCCUCGCUGAGCGAACGAAACAUCACUUCAUCUCCCGGGACCCACUAUGCACGGCCCAGUGGACCAGUAGUGGGCCAAUAUGGCGGCCGAACUCAUCCCCUCCAAGAACAAGUUGUCUCCUUCUCCCCCCGCCUCCUCCUCCUCCUCCCCCAACAGAAACCAGCAGCAGAACCGGACUGACCACAGCAGCUCCCCCACGGGACAGGGCCCUCACUGGCAGGGCCUCUACCCCACCAUCAGAGAGAGGAACUCUGUGAUGUUUAACAAUGAGGUGAUGGCCGACGUCUUCUUCCUGGUCGGGCCCCCGGGGAGCACCCAGCGGGUCCCGGGUCACAAGUACGUUCUGGCGGUGGGCAGCUCCGUGUUCCACGCCAUGUUCUACGGAGAGCUGGCCGAGGACCAGGGAGAGAUCCGCAUCCCCGACGUCGAGCCGCCGUCCUUCCUGGCCAUGUUGAAGUACAUCUACUGCGAUGAGAUCCAGCUGUGCGCCGACACGGUGCUGGCCACGCUGUACGCCGCCAAGAAGUACAUGGUGCCCCACCUGGCGAGGGCCUGCGUGUCCUUCCUGGAGGGCAGCCUGAGCGCCCGCAGCGCCUGCGUGCUGCUGUCCCAGAGCUGCCUGUUCGAGGAGCCCGAGCUCACGCUGCGCUGCUGGGAGGUGAUCGACGCGCAGGCCGAGCUGGCCCUCCGCUCCGAGGGCUUCUGCGACAUCGACGCCCGCACGCUGGAGAGCAUCCUGCGGCGGGAGACGCUCAACGCCAAGGAGCUGACGGUGUUCGAGGCGGCGCUGGGCUGGGCCGAGGCCGAGUGCCAGCGGCGGGACCUGGACCCCAGCGCCGAGAACCGCCGGCUGGUCCUGGGGAAGGCCGUCUACCUGCUGCGCCUUCCCAGCAUGCCCCUGGACGACUUCGCCAACGGGCCGGCGCAGUCGGGCCUGCUGACGCUGGGCGAGACCAACGAGCUCUUCCUGUGGUUCACGGCGCUCAACAAGCCCGAGCUGCUGUUCUGCAGCGCGCCUCGCCCGGGCCUCCCCGCCCAGCGCUGCCACCGCUUCCAGUCCUGCGCCUACCGCAGCAACCAGUGGCGCUACCGCGGCCGCUGCGACAGCAUCCAGUUCGCCGUGGACAAGCGCGUCUUCGUGGCGGGCUUCGGGCUGUACGGCUCCAGCUGCGGCUCGGCCGAGUACGGCGCCCGGAUCGAGCUCAAGCGGCAGGGCGCCACCGUGGGCCACAACGUCGUCAAGUACUUCUCCGACGGCUCCAGCACCACCUUCCCCGUGUGGUUCGAGUACCCGGUGCAGGUGGAGCCGGACGCCUUCUACACGGCCAGCGUGGUCCUGGACGGCAACGAGCUCAGCUACUUCGGCCAGGAGGGCGUGACGGAGGUGCAGAGUGGCAAGGUCACCUUCCAGUUCCAGUGCUCCUCGGACAGUACCAACGGAACCGGGGUCCAGGGGGGGCAGAUCCCCGAGCUGGUCUUCUAUGCCUGAGGAUGGUCUCAACUAGAAGGGGGGGGGGGUGUCUGGGGACCCGAGUGUAAACUCUAAAGCACUGCCUUAAUAACACUAUUAGCCUUAUUCCACACCCGAGUUCUCAUGUCCACAUUGACGCUUGACUGGACUACAUUCCAGAGGUUCCUAAAGGAGGGGCCACAUGACAGAUGGGGCUUAAACCCAUCAAGGUUGCUGCUCAUUUUGAUAUUCAGGAUCAAAUCCUUUUUUUUUUUUAUCAGUUAUUAUUGUGUUUGAAUUUGAACAUUUGAAGGGAGUGAAGGAAAGCAUAAUUCCUCUUAGAGUUGUUGGGGCCAUGUUCUCACCACUAGUUCAUCAAAACGGUCCUUUACAAACUACAGUUCCUUGAUCCGUUUGAUCUUAGGUUGGUCGUGCUGAUACCCAGUGUGAUGCGUUUCCCAGUGGCUGUGUGGGUACUGCGUGGUGAUUGGUGCGUGGCUGGGAGGGGUUGGCUGGCUGCAGCGUUGAAAAUAAAGGAAAUAUUUAUCUACAGUCGCUCGUUAUUCAACACAGCUGUUACAACCACAUGUUACAUUAAAACCAGAACAUUAUUCCGAUCACUAUUUACCUGACAUCAUUCUAAUCCGACCUUAAAUGUUUUAAUCCACCUGUAUGACAGGUGACAAAUCGAUCCAUUUUAUACCAAAUCAAUCGAAUCCAUCCUUAAAUGUUUUAAUCCACCCAUAUGACAUUGUAAUCCUAUUUUAGAUCACAAAUCGAUCCAUUUUAUGCCAAAUCAUUCUAAUCCAUUUUGGCAUGACAUCGUUCUAAUACAUUUUUUAGAUGACAUCAUUGUAAUCCAUCUUUCGAUGACAUCACGAAGGCCGUAGUGGCCUCGUGUUAUUUGGUCCAGGUGAGAUGGUCCUCUGAUCAGCCGUACCAACCAGUCUGGACCAGAACCUGCUGCUGCCAUCUCCUCAAGGACAGAGGAGAGGAAGCGUGUUCUCAAGGACAGAGGAGAGGAGGCGUCUCCCCAAGGACAGAGGAGAGGAGGGGGGGGUCCUACAUGAGUCUGGGUUUCUUGCUGGCCUGGAACUGUUGGGUCUUGUUCUUGACGGACUUGACCAGCAGAGAGAGACUUGGGUCCAGACUCUUCUUCUCAGCGCCGCCCCCAGCGCUGCCCGCCACCGCCGCCUCCUGUAUCUGCGUGGGCACUUCCUGUUUCCUGCGGCGGUGCGUUUCCUGCUGGGCACGGCGCCGGAGCUUCUCGGCCACGAUGGUGUCCGUGCCGCGCGUCUUCCGGAAGUUGGGGUCCGACGGGUCCAGGUUGAACAGGUGG